AAACACCAUCCAUCCAAGCCCCGCCUUUUGUCCUUCCUAUUGGUUUCCGCUUACAAAUACUCUAACCCGAUUGGCCUAGAUGGCAAACGUGACAGGCGUCAAACACAAACCCGGCCCCCUUUCUCCAAACUGUCUAUGUUCGGCGUAAUUGACACUUCCCCCCCACCAACAACGAGUAAACGAGCGAAAGUUGACUUUCUUUUGAAGAAGUGAAAUAAAAACCUACCGGGAGUCAGACGUUUAAGUUUCCCUCCACAAAGAUGCCGCCCCUGUUGAUCACAAGCGAAACAUGACGUUGCGGAAGAUGGGUGGCGCUGCAGUUUGCCCAACUGUUCCAAAACCAGAUAGAUUCCGCGGAGUUAUAACAUCACUCCCAGUCGCUGAGUGGGCGCAACGCUAAAACGCCAAUGGAGUACAGUGAGCGAGUGUUGUGCGCAACAGGCGAACUGGAGCUGGAUCCUAACAUUGUCAGCGAGGAAGCGGGAAAGUUGUAUUCUGAACUACAGACUAUUAUCGAGACUCAUGGUGAGGGUGUGGUGGAGUCGCUAGUGCCCAUUUUUGUGUGGGUACUAGAAGGCCUCGCUAGCUGCAAAGCCCAACUGAGAGAAAGAGAAGAUGAAGCGGCUAGAGAGAGAGCUGAACGUGAGGGCUUGCUGGAGCGAUACCAGGCGGAAAAAGCGCAAAGGAAAGAAAGUCAAGAGAGGUAUUUGGAGCUGGAUGACCAAAUAGAGCAGGAAAGGAGAGCCAUGAGAGGGAGGGAAAAGGAGCGAGAAAGCAGAGAAAAACGCCUCGAAAAGAAAGCUAGGGAGCAAGCGGAUCAAUUGGUGGCCUUGGAAGAGCAGAAGUCAGCCUUGGGAAGAGAACUGAGUACGCUGAGGUUAACACAUAACAAGUUGGCUCACUCAUAUCGAGAGUUGCUAGAAAAGAGGAAGGACUCAGAGAGAGAUUCACCCUCGAGGAAUCACACACAGUCCAAAAAUGCUGAAGUCCCAUCCAAAGAAGUCUUGUCAGAUACAAAUUCUCAGAGCCUCCACUCCAACUCUGGUACUCUCCAUUUGGAUGAUGUAGAAGCCAAAGAAGAUAAGGAGAUGGAUAUCAUAAAAUCUGCCUCUGAUCAGUUUGUCAACGACAUCAUAAGCUCCACUCCUGAACUGAGAGACUUCCACAGCUCUUGGGAUGAUGCAAGCACCCCAGCAAGACCUAGCACAGAAACAUCUGAAACCAGCUUUGAGGAUGAGCUCAAAAAGGACAAGGUGGAAGAAGAAAAUGGAGGAGGGCCGCAGGAGCAGUCCAAGGAGAAGGAAAUGAAUAACCACGAUGAUGAAGAGCUUGAAGAAGACAGCAUGGAAUGGGAGCUACGUAACACAGACUCGGUUUUCUCAGAGCUGUCGGAGUUGAGUCAGGAUUUUGUGGAGAGUGUUGACCAAGGAGCUAGUGUCAGAGGCAGUGCUGACCAGUUUGAGCAGAUUCUUUCUCAGUACGAGGAAUUGAAAAGCACCCAUGAGUUGGUAGAGGCUGCCCGUAAGGCUCUCAUAUCUCGUGUAAUGGAGCUGACGGAUGACCGUUCUACUCUAAAACUGGAAGUUGCCUCUCUUCGGGAAACCGUGUCACGAGUUGACGGCAGGAUAAAGGAGAGAGAGGAGGAAAUUAAAAGACUUCGAGAAAAACUGGAGAAAUAUCAAUCGGCAGAUCCUGAUGCCUCAUUAUCCACAUCCAUGCGACACUUCUCUCGCUCGGAAAUGGCUCGCGUGGUCAUGGAGAAGAACCAGUACAAACAGCGACUGUUUGAACUGCAAGAGGCAAUGAGGCAAAGUCAGACACUCAGGGCGACAAAAGAAGAAAGGCUCUCAGAAGAGAGACGGUCGAGCGUUUGGGCUAAGUUUAAUCGUUUUUUUGGCCUGAGCAAACAACCGUUGAUUCUACCUCGUACAACUUUACCAUCAGUCAAUCUCCCUCUUGUGCCGACACCUCAACAGCGACAGGAAGUCAAUCGAAGCCAGGCGGAAUCAUCUGCCGCUGCAGUUUUAUCUCCUCGUGCCAGAAGGAGAGAACUCUACAGAGAGAUUCGCUCUCACGUUUGGGGAACGCUAGGAAAGCGUCAGCUGCACGGCUGGAGUGUGCCUCUGGUUAAUACUCAGGAAUCUCAGGAAUCUGUCCAAGACCCCAAAGAUGUUCCGGUCUUAACACAGCUCAGACUCCUGGACCAAAGAGACUCUACUGCAAAGCUGAAUUGCGCCGUUGCAGUCCCACCUGAGAUCUCUGGAGAGGCAACCUGCUCUGUGUGGGUAGUUUCUGGCCCCGCCUCCAACAGUGGCGUCUCAGUGAUUGACCCUGCUCGAUCCAACACUGUCCUGGAUCAGUUCAACCUCCCCCCCACAGCUCCUGCCCUCUGCAUCUGUGCCGUGCCCCCCGUCGGAGACUAUCCCGGAACUGUAUGGAUUGGAACUCAGGAAGGAAGUGUAGUGAUACAUUCGGCCUCUGCAGACAGGGGGCACUGUUUGCACUCAGUUUCCCUCUCUGAAAGUGUUCAUUCAUUAAAAUACACCCAAGGUCAAGUCAUAGCAGGUUUAGGUGAUGGGACUUUAGCAUUCUUUUCCAGUAGUUCAGGUGGUUGGAACCUGCAGUCACAUUCAUUGAUGCUACUGGGAUCAAACCCUGUGCAGCCUAUUCGCUGCUGCCUUGCCAAAGGGGGUCGUAUGUGGGUUGGAUAUUGGAACAAAGUUCAUGUGGUUGACAUUAACAAGAGAAAGGUGGAGCAUGUUUUUCCAGUCUCGGAGCGCAGUGAGCAGCAGGUUCGUUUCCUCUGUGCUGGAGGAAGUGGCGUCUGGACGUCCUGCAGACUCGACUCCAUUCUCAGACUUUUUGACUGGGCAACUGGACAGCCGUUACAGGAAGUGGAUUUUGCUACUAUGGUUACCAAAUCGUUAGGCCCGGCUUUCCUGACACUCUCGCCUCUUCAGAUCACCUCUCUGUGUGUCAUCUCCAGCCGUCUGUGGGUGGGUACGGCAGGCGGGGCAAUCAUCUCCAUCCCUUUGUCCAUAACGUCUGAAGCAAUUUCCAUCCCAUAUUGCUCUUCUGCAACAGCCCAGCUAUGUUAUCAUGGACACCGACAAGCUGUCCGCUUUAUCAUUGCUGCACCAGGUUGCUUGAUGGCGACUGCUAGCAAAGACGUUACAAGCUCUCAGCUUAUCCUCAGUGGAGGGGAAGGCUACAUUAACUUCCGUAUCGGUGACGAUGAGAGCGACGGGUCAGUGGAGUUGUGCCAGGUGACGCCACAGCGAUUCGAACGCAGUCACAUGAUCAUUUGGCAGAAUCCGGCCACGCUUGUGACCAACUCUGCCGUCUAAUAUGACUCAAAUGCCACAUACUUGGUCAAAUCUUCUAUUGUUCCCCCAAAAAAGCCUCGUGUGCCUUUUCUGCUGUCGGUGUUAUUCAAACGUGUCACAAUUCUGUUACUUGAUGGCAGUAAAGAUGCUUUCACUCGGAUACACUUUAAAGGACAUCUCUGCCAGAUAUACAUAUUGUAUUUAUUUUUCAUUCAGAAGUCAUUAACCCAUAUGUAGAUCAUGAACACAAGCAGAUGAUUGCAGCAUUGUUCAUUCAUCUUCUUUGUAUAUAUUAUUUCUUUUAAGUACAUUGUUAAUGAGGUGAACACUAGUACAUGCAAAUAACUCAACACUUUAAAAGUGAGCCUAAGUGCAUAUUGUAUCUAUUUAUUCAUAUGGUUUUCUCUGUUGGGGGUUGAUUGUUUUAAUAUUUUAAUGCCAUCUCUGAAGCCAAAGAUGUGUUAAUUCCUGUGUUGUAUGCAGUAUUUGAAUGCAGUGUUGCAUAUGGUUGAACUAAUGUUUAUUUGAAAUCAUUCUUGUACAUAAAAAAGAUUUAUUUCAUAGCUUCAGUUCUGGCUUGUACUAUAAUGAGGAUGACUGCCGAAUAUUAUACAAACGCGUAUGUAUUUCGGUACGAUUUAUUUAAUCCAAUUGUUGGGCCCUGUACAUAAUAACAAUUCUUUGCUUUAGGCAGUGCGUAUAUGCAGGUAAUCCAGUGUUUAUGUCGGACUGCUCCGAGUCCUGGGUAGUCUUAUCCUCCUGCUCAAGGAACGGGCCAGGCGGUCCACAGCGCUGCCCAUAGCACCCCCCAGUUCCUUGCGUGAGGUCAGACCCUCAAUGUUGCCGCUGUACCACAAGACCCAACAGGCCAAGGACAGAAGCACCAGCAGAGCUCCUGAGUACACUAGAAAAUCCCCAAAGUCUCGUCCUCGGAUCUCCAGUGGUGCAAAGACCCCGAGCAGCAGGGAUAUGACACCCAGAAGGUCCAUCAGCACAGCAAACACCAGGGCAAGCUUGCAGUGGGACAGGCCGUCGUACUUUGCGGGCAUCGCUAAGCACGUAGAAAAGAUAGAUUACACAUUUAUUUUAGUAAAUUAUCACAGCAGUAUUACACAAUCACUACACGACAACAAAUGAGAAAUACGAGGCGUUGAGAAAGCCUCAU